CCCCCAAGUUUGACACCUGUGAGCCACCCUCAAGAAAUCUGGCGAUCCCGAGAAUUGCGGGAGAGCGAAAACAAAAGCUACAAUUUACCAACUCUCACGGGUUGGUGAUUGUGGCUACGAUCCGGUUUACCCCCACUCCCGUUCCGCAACCUCUCCCCUGACCAACCCCCCCUCCCACCACCUCUUUGACCACGGCCACUCCCAGAUUCACAUCUUCAACACCGCACUCAGCCAGCAUCCCACUAUGUCGGUCCCUUUGAUGUUACGACGACAGGUCCUGCGGGCCUUUUCCCCACUGACCGUUGCAAACCUUUCCUCCAAUCGCAACGCGGGGUACUGAAACUGACAUACUAACAGAGGAAACCACAAACCUUCCACAAACCUCGUUCUCUCCAUUCAAUGCCGGUCAUUUCCUUAACGGAAGAAGGGGUCCCGGGACUCUUCUCGGAAAAGGCCUUCAAGACAGCAUGGACAGAUUACCAGAAUCAUCUGGUAGAAAAACUCAGUGCUCUCACGGCUGGUAGGAAUCGCUUCCUGCGCCGUCAAGCAGAUGGGGGAGUCGGUAGGGAUGCCGGUAUUCUGACAGGAGAUAUUAGGCACGGGGUUCGAUGGGAUGGAUGCAAUGGAUAUCGCUAUCGCAACAGCCCGGCAACCUGAUCAGGCUUCAAUCUUUAAUUACGCAUCGCAAGCCUACAACAAUCAUUUCUUCUUCCAAAGCCUAGUAUACAUCCCCCAUGCUCCAUCCUUCCCCGCGGCAGUUCUGGGCUAACAAUCUACAAAAGCAAUCAACGCAGACAGGUCCCGAAAGGGCAACUCCCCAAUUCCAAUCCUACGUGACCUCCAGCUUCACCGACGUCGCCGCUCUAAAAGCCGAGCUCUUUGCGACUGCCAACGCUAUGUUCGGCAACGGCUACGUUUGGCUUGUCUUGGACCAGGCCGGCGUCCUGCGCAUCCUGUGCACGUACAACGCCGGAACACCCUACGGCGCCUCGUACCGCCGCCAGGACACAGAUAUGAACACCGGCCUCAAACUCGGCAGCGAGUUGUCGCCCUACACCAGCGCAGUCAGACAUGCGGCCAAGGGGAAGACGGGCGGGUGGGUUAUCCCUGUGCUCAACGUGAAUGUGUGGGAACACAGCUGGCUCGAGGACUUUGGCAUACUCGGGAAGGAUGACUACCUGAGGGCGUGGUGGGACCGUAUAGAUUGGUUGGUUGUGCAGAGUAGGUUUCCGACUAAGGGUGUGGCUAGGACGCCUCUGAUUAAGUAAACAGAGGGGGGGGGGGGGUGUAUAAAUAGAGAGAAGGUUUGUGUGUGGGAGAGGGGGAGAAAAAAGUUACUUGGUGGGUCGUAAAGAUAAAGCACUUGUAUACAUGUAUUGCAUAAAACAUUUAUCUCCAUCCAUACGUACGUCCGUGAACCGACCCCUCCUCCCCCCCCGGUGGGCAUGCGCCAUGCCGAUUCCCUCCCACUUCCCUAAUGCGUCAAACUCUUCCUCCCCUUCAGCCUCCUCCUCUUCAGCACCCCCCGCCCACCAGGCGUCCGCUUCCUCGCCAGAAACCCCAGCCGCCUCUUGCGCACUCUAUGACUCGGAUUAUACGUAUCCCGCGGGCCGCAGCGUACCUGCAACCCUACGAGCCCGGGAUUCGAACUUAUCUUCAACAUCAACGGCACCAUAACGCCCAACCCCACCCCGGCCGCGGCAGGAGCGGGGGCUGUCAUGCCCGUCGGGGCGAAAGAAACGGUGGACGGUCGAAGGGGGGUAGUUUUCGUUAUCAUGCUUCUGUUUUCGAGCCAGUGAGUCAGUCAGUCAGUUUGGAUGAGGACUGGAGAUAGGUAGGAGGAGGAGAGGGGGGGAUGGCUGGAAAAGUACCGGGUGAGCGGGAGGAUGUGAGUGCGUGGGAGGCGCUGGGGUAGACGGCGGAGGAGGAGGGGGAGGGGUGCGCGGAACAUUGGAGCCUACUUCGUCCCACUCUGUUUCGUUUUGUUUUGCUUUGCUUUGUAGUCUGUUGGUUUGUUGGUUUGUUGGUUGAUCUGUUGGUCGGUUGGUUGGGUUCGUUUGUUUGUUUGUUGGUUGGUGGUGGUUUGUCGUGGGAAUAUCUGAUGCUUCGUGCUUGUGCAGCACUUGAUUGAAUGAAAUAAAAAAGUGCCGCUGAUAUUAUGAAAUCUAUAACCUGACCUAACCCUGACCUGACUAUUGUUCACAUAUUAUCACUCGGACUCUUUUUUUUCCUUUUUUUUUCCUUCCCCAUCCCCUCCCGAUAUUGUAAUUGUUGGAGUUCGGCGAUGUUCGUUGCUUUCGGUGGAACCGAUUUUGCAACAAACACGCCUGUAUAUGACACGCAAAAACCGAUUCUCUGGUACUCAAGUACCAGCAGACUCACCAUAACCACCCGUAUACUGUACCCUACCAUAGUCUGUCCUUCUCACCGUAACCUAUUCGUGAUGUUUCUUUCUCUGCAUACAGUUACCGUGAGAGUGCUUCAUCCGCUUGCAAAACUUAUUAUAAUUAUCAUAAAUUUACCCCCGUUCAUCACUUGCACUUGUAAGUUACCCGUUCGCUUGUAUGUGAUAUCAUACAAAGUAUGAUACGGUACUCGAGUAUGAUCCAUUUUCCGUCCGUACAUUCCGUUGUGGCACUUUUUUUUUCUUCCCUCUUUUCUUUUCUUUUUUUUAUGACACCUUUUCUUCGGCUAAACCCUAUCUUGACGUCAGCCGCCGAUACAGUUGGGCUGUGCAGUAUUCGUGCUGUGGGUUCAAAGUGGGAUAUGGGCGGAGAGAAGUUGACGGCGGAGGUAGGAAAGGGGGAGGAGUAUCCCAUCGUACUGUAUCGGUACUGGUAUCGUAAUACGCGAUCCCGUGGCGAGUUAAUUUUUGGGAUAGGAUUUCCGUCGAGCGCGUGGGCGAGUGGUUGGUUGCUGUUGUCCAUAGUAUUUAUUGAAACUCUGGAGGGCUUGAGGAACGGGAGAAAGUAGAAUACUCGUUAUAGUAGAUUUUUUGUUAUAUUUUUAUUUUAUCAUCAUGUCUCGGGUGU